AUGCCUGCCGCUCUCUCCGACACCCAGAACCGUUAUCUGGCCCUUGCAUGGCUCUGCAUUGAUGCCGAACCCAAGGUACACUCUCACUCCCAGCACAAACGAUUAUCCUUGAUUGCCAGAUCCUGUAAUGCAAGANUCGACUACGAGAAGUUCUCUCAUCUUACCGGAUCCAAGACCGCAAACUCGGCUCGUGAGAUGUUGCGCGUCACCAAGAAGAAGCUCCUCGAGUUCGACACUACCCUCUCAACCACCGACGGCACUGUUGCUCCUCCCAACACUCCUGCUGUGAAGACACCCAGAAAGAAGGCUACCAAGGCCACUCCCAAGACCAAGAGUACCACGGCCAAGGGAAACAAGAAGCGCAAGGUCGCCAGUGACGGUGAGGACGACGAAGAAACCCCUCUCAAGAACAAGACUGUCGUCAAGUCCGAGCCUGUCGAUGAUGGCUCCGAGGCUGGUGCCGGCGCUGGUGCCGAGCUCGAAGAUGCUGAA